UCACUACUUCAUUAAGAUCGAAAGAGGAAGGAGGAAACAGCGAAAAUUUGCAUCUAAUAAUUUAGCGGAGUGCGGCAUCGGCGAUUUUUAGAUUUUAUCUAUAUUUACCUGCAACUAAGUAAAAAACUAAGCAGCAAAUAUGUCUGACGAAAAGAAGGGUGAAACAGAGCACAUCAAUCUGAAAGUUUUGGGUCAAGACAAUGCUGUUGUCCAAUUCAAAAUUAAAAAACAUACACCUUUGAGAAAGCUUAUGAACGCUUAUUGUGACAGAGCGGGUUUAUCCAUGCAAGUAGUACGGUUUCGCUUCGAUGGCCAGCCAAUAAACGAAAAUGAUACACCAACAUCAUUGGAGAUGGAGGAGGGUGACACUAUCGAAGUGUACCAACAGCAGACGGGAGGUCGAAAUUAAUUUUGAAAUUAACCAAGAAAAUCUAUAAUAAAAUCACUUAAACAUUAAAGAAAUCAUUUUAAAACAAAAAACAAAGUACACACAAAGAUGAUAAGAAGUUAAAAUAAGUAUCAUCCAAAAUAUGCUGAAGUAAUUACUAUGGUGACAGUAAAACCCUCAUGUACGAAGAGAAAGUGCUGUUCCAAAAUAAAUCGGCGAAAAUCUAAAAUUUCAGCUUGUUUAUACGAGGAGUUUGUUGAUCGUGUGCGAGUCGAUAACAAAAGCCGCUCAAGAUUGCUUGCAACUAAAUGGAUCGCUAAUCCAUUAUUAUAAAUUUUACAUUUUCCAAUACUUUAACUUUACACUAUUUUAUAAGCAGUUUGUAUGGAAUUAAUUUUAAUUUAUGAAUGAAAACUAAAGAAAGCAUUUAAUAUUAGAUAGACCACUUCUUUUUCAUUGUUCAUUGAAAUAACAUUUCUGAAAGAGUUGCAGUAAGCGCGAGCGGUAUGGAACCUCACAGUGUUUUGACCAUAAUUCAAGUUUUGCUUUGGCGAGAAAUUGGUGUGCGGAGAUGGGCAAACGGCAGGUUUAAUUUACAUAAGUAAAAUUUUAGGUCGUAAAACUGUAUUAACAAAUAAAGCAGAAGAAAUAUAUGAGUAUAGACAAA